AUCAGCCGCGUCGAGGGCAACCGCUCGUACGAUUCUUCCGGGAAAAGGAGAAACUAUCACACGGAAUGCCGUCUGCUCGCUUAGCCAAUCUCUUACUCUUCAUGUUGGCCUGCCGCUGGUCUCUAGAGCCAAUCACAAUGCAUGCCGGCGCGCCAAGCAGCGACAUCGUUGUCCCGGGGCUGCCGAGCGCUGCGUCGGACAUCGUGCCCGAGCAUAACUGGCUCUAUCAAGUCACUUUGCUGCUAGCUUACUCCUGAUAGUCUCGACAACGCUAAUCUCUGACUCGGCACGCUCGUUCAUUGGCUGCUCGGUUGAUGCUGUCCAUUGUUAUCCACCAGCUAGUUGCCGGACGGAGAGCCGCGGUUGAGUCUUCAACCUGACAGCCAUCUGGCGUCCCUAUAUAACCUCGUGUCGGUGAAAAAACCAUGGCUCGUUGUGGAUUGCAGGAGCUGGCGCCCGCGUAACGUCUUCGAGCUUAGCCUGUCUUUUUUCCUGCGACCCCGGCGUUUUUCCUCAUUGCCUUCGUUUUUCCCCUUCUUCGCUCCAGCUUCUGUAGAUUUCUUCAUAGUUAACGAUGGCUGACGACCUCGAAAUCGACAUUAUCCCGAGCAUGGGCGCUAGCACCAUCACAGUGACGAUGACACCCGACGAGAAGGACGACAAAUCCGCCCGCUCUAUUUCUGUGUUAGAAAAGGAGCAGCCAGAUUUUUUGCUCGUCGAGUUCGACGAAAACGACCCCCGCGCACCCAUAAACUUCUCCUACGCCAAAAAAUGGACUAUCACAUUCGUAGCAAUAACAUUCACAGCUAUAAUCUCCGCCUCAAUUUCCGCGUACUCUCUCGGCUACGACAGCAUGAUGUCCGACCUCGGCUGCACGCGCAUGGAGGCCACGCUCGGCCUCAGCCUAUUCCUCCUUGGCUUCGCCUUCUUCCCGCUCGCGUCUUCCUCGUUCAGCGAGGAGCUGGGCCGCAGACCCGUAUACCUCGCCUCUGCGCUCGGGUUCGUGCUUGCGGAGCUUAUGGUCGCACUAGCGCCAAACAUCGCGGUUGUCAUCGUCGGCCGAUUCAUCAGCGGAUGCUUCAGCUCGACGGGCGCUGUCCUCGUCGGCGGUACUAUUGCCGACAUCUGGGAGCCCUCUCAACGCGGCCUCCCAAUGUCGCUGUACAGCCUCACCGCGCUCCUCGGGACGUGCGUAGGCCCAGUCGUCGCCGGAUGGAUCGACACGAACCAGGCGCUACGGUGGCGCUGGAUCGAUUGGGUGGGCAUGAUCUUCGGCGGCGCGUAUCUCCUACUCGCGCUUUUCCUCACGCACGAAACGCGCGCGACGAUCGUGCUCGCGCGCAUAGCGAAGCAGGUGCGGAAGGAGACGGGCGACGAGCGGUAUCGUGCGCCGUCUGAGCUUGGAAGGCCGGGAUUGUGGAGUCUGCUGAGGGUGUCGUGUACGAGGCCUGUUUAUCUGCUGUUCACCGAACCGGUGGUUUUCGCUUUCACCCUCUGGAUUGGCUUCGCAUGGGCCGUGCUCUACGUGAUGAUCGAAUCAAUCGGCGCCCUCUUCUCCUCCGUCUACGGCUUCUCCACAGGCCAAUCCGGCUCUGUCUUCGCCGCUCUCUGCAUCGGCGCCCUCCUCGGCUUCCUCCUCAACACAGCCCAAGAACGCAUCUACCGCCUGCGUUUCCCCGCGCGCGGGCUCGAAGCGCGGCUCUACACCGCACUGCUCGCAGCGCUCCUGUUCCCAGCGGGAAUGUUCAUCUACGCGUGGACAGCGUCCCCGCACGUUCCGUGGCCCGCGCCGUGCGUCGGCCUCGCGGUGUUCAUGUGCGCGGCGUACGUGAUCUACCAGAGCGUGUUCGUGUAUCUCGCGGACUGCUACGGAUCCUGGGCAAGCUCCGCGCUCGCAGGCCAAUCCCUGCUACGCAACAUCAUGGCGCUCAUCUUCCCGCUCUUCACAACGCAGAUGUACGCGCGCAUGACAUACCGCUGGGCGAACACGCUCUUCGGCGCCGUCGCGGUGCUGAUGAUCCCGAUUCCCUACGUGUUGUUCUUUUAUGGGCCGCGGAUCAGAGCGAAGAGCAAGAUCGCGCGGCAUAUCAAUUCCGGGGAGAACAAGUCGUAGCCUGCUUUUAGACGCGUAGACGCCCGUGAUAGACGCCCAUUGUCGGUUGUCCCUUGAAACCAAGUCAAUGCAUUUUAAUCCGUAUCUUCUUGGCUACUAAUCAUCUUGGACUUUCGUUAUUGCAUGACCUUUUUAUACAUAAUUCUCAUGUUGUAAAUACCCUUGUAGUUUACUAGUCUCACGAAGCACACUGUAGCGAUAGAGCUAUAUAUCUUCUAUAUGUUUCAA